CAACACCAACGACGUCUUCAUCCACCACAUAAACUCUCACAUUCCACCAUGGCCGAACGCGAACUCCAAGAUAUUCAGCGCAAGCUGAAAAGCAGCCGCUCGUACAACGAACAGCUUCCCCUCCUCUCCUCCGCGAAACUCGCCCUCCUCAAGCUCAAAUCCCUAACGCCUCUCCCAAACACCCCAUCUAGCACACUCAGUCUUGCGCGAGACGUCUUCGAGACCGGCGCCCUUCUGUCCAUUCGCGCAAAAGACCCAGCAGCUUUCACACGCUACGUGCACCAGCUCACACCAUUCUACGAAUUACCUGCUGAGCGACUGGCGCCCAGUGCUGAGAAGAACAAGAUCACCGGACUGUAUCUGUUACUUUUGCUUACGCAAGGUGAUUAUGCGGGUUUCCAUACGGAGCUUGAGGGUUUGGAAUUGAGAGGCGGGUUACCUGGUGGGAAUAAUGUUGAGAAAGAUAAGUUCUUGGGAUAUCCAAUUAAGUUGGAGAGGUGGCUGCAGGAAGGAAGCUUUGAUUUGGUUUGGAAGGCUAUGGCGAGCAGAGAGGUUCCUAGUGAGGAGUAUGGUGUUUUCAGCGAGAUCCUCACAACCCACAUCCGCACCGAAAUUGCCACCUGCAGCGAAACAGCCUACCCAUCCCUCCCCAUAUCCUCCACCAAGAACCUCCUCUUCCUCGACAGCGAAGGUGCCGUCAUCGAGUUCGCACAGGCACGAGGCUGGCUUAUCCGCGACGGUCGAAUCUUCUUCCCCAACCAGAAUCUCAAGAGCGGCGUCGAUGAGCAGGGCAAUGAGAAGGAGUUGAGCCAGCUGGCUAUCGAGAACACUCUGGGCUAUGCAAGGGAAUUGGAGACUAUCGUAUGAGAGAGCUGUACUGGCGCUUGGCCUCCGUGGUGGGCAUCUUUUUGGCAUUGCAAUGCUACUAUUUCUCCGCUUGCCUUGUGGAAGGCUAGGACAUUGUUAGAUCAGGACAGCAUGGCAUGAAGGGGCAUGAACUAAGCUUGUAUUCUAGAUUGGCGCUCAGGCGUAACACUUCAGACAGG